CUGGUCCCUUACUAUGUAUAUGACUUCAUCUAUCACUUAGACUCCAUUGCUUCGACCUGCCAGCACGCCAAACAUUGGACUUCGCACUCGGAUUAUAGGAAGUUAGUCUCUACUAAUAGGAAUGAAGUGCCAUUUCAAUUUUCAGUCCGAGUCUGGACCUUCACGCGCACGCGUGAAGAUAUCGAGGGAAGCGUUAUCCAACUCAAGACACGCCUUAGACUAGAUUCGCAUGAGGAUCUACUUGCGGUUCGGGAAAGGCAUCUACGUGCUCGUCAAGCGAAACUUCAAACUUCAAGCGCCACUGCAUGUUUUGUCGGAAGGACAAUCCCGGUCCUAUGUCCUCGGCUGUUUGAACCUACUGCCCCGAUGGACAGACCUUCGACCUUAUUGGUGUCAUAAUUGUGUUGACAUGGCUUUGAAGUAUAAAAACUUCUGCACAUGUAGACUCGAGCCCACAACUCUCCAGCACUCCACAAUGUCGAACCAUCAAGCGCUUAUCGAAGCACUCUUGAUGAAAUCAAUCCUUGGUCAAGAGCUAGUGGAUACGAAGUUUCACAUAUUCUCAGGCCGCUCAGCACAUCCACGUAAAGUCAUCCGACUCCAAGCCUUGUCCGCCAACGACGUUGUUCUGACAGCGCGCUCCGAAUUUUUUGCCCAACUACUGUCCAGAGCGAGGUCCCCUGACGCCACAUUUGAUGGCAUGACACUUGAUGACUACGGAUACGCAUCUGACAGCGAUCUUGAAGAUGAAGAAGAGGUCAAAGCUAGUCAGACCCCUCCCAGUGAUCUCAAGGGUGAGUGAUUUAAAACAAUAUCAGCAACGUAAUUCUCGAUAUUUCUCGCAAGGAAACACCAACGAAUCAGAUGAU